CGCGGCAGCAGGUGAGCGCGCAGCAUCGCCUCCUCGCUGUUUCAGAAACGCAGAGCGGCGGAGUAGCGGAGCCAUGGGAAAGCUUCAAGAAUUUGAUAUCACUUUUACCAACAACAAGGUGGUCUACGGUCCCGGAGAGUCUAUUAGCGGAAAUGUGAAAAUACGAACCGGCCACUCGUUGCAGUACAAAGCCAUCAAGGUCUACUGUCAGGGAUCAUGUGGGAUCUCCACCAAAAUGAACGAAGCCACGUGGGCUCUGGAGGAGCAGUACUUCAACAGCACGCUGUCUAUUGCUGACAAAGGAACCCUGGUGGCAGGCGAGCACAGUUUCCCCUUCCAGUUUCUCCUUCCAGUCGCUGCCCCCACUUCCUUUGAGGGACCCUUUGGGAAGAUUACCUACCGAGUGAGAGUGGCUAUCGACACACCACGCUUCUCUAAGGACUACAAAGCCCAGAAAGCCUUCUACCUUCUCAACCUGCUCAACCUCAAUGAGGUGCCUGAAAUUGAACAUCCGAGUUACGCUGUGACCACCAAGAAGUUCAGCUACCUCCUGGUGAAGACAGGGACCCUGAUGCUGAAAGCUCGCAGUGACCUGAGAGGUUACAUCCCCGGGCAGGUCAUCAAGUUAGCCACCGAGAUCCACAACAAGUCUGGGAAGGACACGGGCUAUGUGCUGGCCAGUCUCAUACAGAAAGUGACCUAUAAGACCAAGCGGCCUGUGGUCGACCUGCGGACCAUCGCAGAGGUGGAGGGAGCCGGAGUGAAAGCAGGAAAACACGCGGAGUGGAGAGAGCAGAUCAUCGUCCCUCCUCUUCCUCAGUCAGCACUGGCCGGCUGCAGCCUCAUACACAUCGACUACUUCAUUCAGGUGUCGCUCAAAUCUCCGGACGCAGUGGUCACGCUGCCUAUCUACAUCGGGAACAUCGCUGUGAACUUGUCUCCAUCGAGACCCAUGCCCCCCACUCCGGACCACCGCAUUGCUCCCAGCGCGGCGGGCGUGACCCCCAGCGCCCCACCGGUGGAGGAGCUAGAGGAGGGGAUGUGUGCAGGGGGCGUGGGCAGUGAGGAGCUCCCCACCAAGAGUCACUCUCAGCAGGACCCCUCGGGGCAGCCGGUCACCAUGUCCCCCAGCGCCUUCAGCCAAGCCCCCGGGGUAGCGCUGCCUCCCGGCCUCAGGCCCGACGCCUCCGCCCCUCUGUUCUGUGUGUCCACCGGGGCCACCAUACCUUUCUUCACCGAGGGAAACGUGACUCCUAUCCCCACCUCCUGCUCGCUCAUCCUCCCUCCAGAGUACAGCAGCUGCGACUACCCUCAUGAGCCCCCACCCACCUAUGAGGAAAGCUGUAGUAGCGCCAACUCCACUUUCAACAGUAUACAGUAAAAGAAGGUGAUGGAGCAUCAUGGCCACGCACCCCCCACACCUGUUUCCAUUCGCCUCUCGAAAAAUCGGGACAGAGACACGUCGGGUUAGAGAGGACGGACGAUAACUCCACUCCUGAGAAUAUUUCUUUGUCCUCGAAUAAGAAAAAAAAAAGGGAUAAAAUCUUAUAUGAUAUAAGUUUUAAUUUCAAUUCUUGUCUCAUCAGGUAGUGUCAGUUAGAGCGGGUGAACAUCACUGUGCCUACAAGAAGUAUUUUGGAUCAUCAUUUAGAAUAUUCAGUGAUUGGACAUGUUUCUUUUAGGGGCGGAGUCAAAUCUGUUUUUGUUUUCUCAACUAACUUUCGCAUCUGUGAUGCCUUGAAAAUGAUCUCUGCCUACUGAAGGCUCGGGUUUGGCCUUUUUUUGUCUUGUUUUAACUGUGCACUUGUUAUAGUGGUCCACCGCUGUCCGUUUGUAACUCAGUUGUCCUCAUCUUCACCAGGGCAGAGCUGUCGUCAUGCUGGACAUUGAGAGGACAUUUUCACCGUGUUUGUCUAGUUGGAUUAGUUAAACCCCUGCUUAAAUUAUUCUGAUGGUCUUUGUUUGAGGAAAUAUGAGACACCACUUUCCAAAAUCGGUCUAUGUUUUCUGUAGCAGCAUGCACUACUGUCUGCUGCAGUGUCUUUUUUAAUAUUAUGCCACUAGAAUUUGCCAGUCAUAGUUUGAAUCCUACAGAUAGGGGCGUUAAUGUCUCAGCAAAACCUCUCUGUGUAACUUGAAACACAGUUAGUAAUACAUAUGAUUAUUAUUAUUAUAUAUUAUAAUCAUUUUAAAAAAUAGCUUUUAGAUUAGUUCAAAGACAUAUAUCAUCUCUCAAACACCACCAUGCGUUGAGUCAUAUAACUGAGAGGUUUUGCUUUGACUUCAGUUUUGUAUUCUGAGGACAGUGUCUCUGCAGAUGAGGCUCGUUUCUCCUGCAGCUGGACAUGAGGCCACAGUGUUUGUCUGCCCUCUUGUGGUCAUCUCUGGUAUAGUUGCCAUACUGAAACUUGAGCCAAACAAUCAGCCAUGCAUAGAGAAAAUCUCCACUAAGGUCCUUGCUCCUGUGAUGCCACAACUGAAGUCAGUCGGCUGUGUACAUCUACAUCCUUUUCUUUGUGUGAAAGUGGAAAAAUCGAGAUUUGAGUUUUUUUUAGAUGUGAUGCAAGUGUAGCAUCAUCGUUUUCGUCUUGGUGUGAAUGAGAUUUUAUGUUGUUUUUUCUCAUGUUUGUUGCCUUAACUUUCUUUUUAGUGUUACUUGUGUGAGAUGAAAAUCCUCCAAAAUGUCAGUUUGUGCAGAUGUGCACAAAACAGCACUUUUUACAGAUUUCCAAGUGCAAAUCUACUGUAUACAUGUGUACAAAAAUAACUUUUAUGGCUACAGUCUGUUUUCAAUUAAACUUACAUUUUCAAAUGUAUUUGUGGUUUUACCACCUGUAUCUGUUAGAGACACUUUUUAUUUGCCUGUGUACAAUGCAGGGUGAUAAUGUUAUCACUUCACACAUUUUAAAAACUUUAAUUUAAUUUUAAUUACAGGUGUUUUGUUUUGCACAUACAAAGAGUUUGAUCCAUAACAGGGGAACACAAUUCAUUUAAUAUCUGAUUUUGCAGAACCUAUACUUAUUUAUAUGCAUAUAAUAAUUUGAAAAUUAUCAUCCCCCUACUAAGCAUCAGCACAUUUUCAGUGUCACCUUCCUGUGGGAAACUAAUACAACAGAAAAUCACAAGCACAACUACUGUCCUGAAUAUCUGUGACUUUUAAUGUGUACUUUACCAAGUCCAUUCUGUGAAUUAUGAAAAAGAAAUGAAAGUGCUAACGUUGGACCCUGACUGCGGAUCAUUUUAACAUUGAUUGUGUUUUUACAUAUCAGCACAAAAGACUGCUGUAACUGUUAUAAAAGCAGGCUCUACAUUAAUGUAAAUGCAUGCCUUAAACCAACUGGACUCCCGCCACCUCUUACAGGAGCUUGUGCCGGACUUUCUUCUUCUUGUCUUUCGUGGAGGACCGCAGGAUGUGCUUGAGAACUCUUCCUGUUUUGUCUCCAUCAGUUCUCUUUAUGUACACAAAUGUAGCUUAUAAAAAACAGCCAGCACGUCUGAGCUUAGACCUCUUGUUUUUAAAAAUGACUGCAACUCCUCUCAUCUCAAAGACAACAGCAGCAGCAACUCUCGCGCUGCCUUUAUCGAUCCUGAUUCUGUUUAAUUCUUCGCCACCAAAAGGUACUAUAGCUUUAUGAUGCCCAACUUGUUCUGUGUUUGUUUUUUCUUUCCCCCCCUCACAUAUUGAUGAGCGGUGUCUGGUUUUGUAUUUUUCUACUUGUUAAACUGUUUACAGGUGUGUAUGCAGAUAUUAAUAGUAGCACCUCAAUCAGUUAAUGUAAAAUGUCGACAUGCAGUGCAGAAUCAACGUUGUACUGUGAAGUAUAACAAUAAAAAUAUAUGAAGUAUU